AUGCCCAGUCUGCGGAACGUCAUUCAGGAAACCCAUCGCACGCUGGAGUCGGCCGGCAUACCCGACGCCCGCCUGGAAGCCGAAGUCAUGGUGAUGGACGUAAUGCGGAUGCCGCGCCAGUCCAUCUUCGCCGAGCAGGAAUCCCAGGUCUCCGAGCAACAGCAGCAGAGCCUCAACGCUAUCGUGGAGCGCCGUCUCACCCGCGAACCCCUAGCCUACAUUCUGAACUACCGGGAAUUCUACGGCGUCAACCUGCUGGUCAACCCGGAUGUGCUCAUCCCGCGACCUGAAACCGAAACCAUGGUUGAGCACGCUCUGUUCAUGGCCCUGAUGGGAAUGGAGAGCCGCGAACUGGUCAUUGCCGACAUCGGCACCGGCACCGGAGCCAUCGCCAUUAACCUUGCCAUCCACCUUCCGGCGGCCCGCAUCUACGCCACCGACGCCUACGACGCCACGCUGGACGUUGCCGCGUACAACAUCAGGAUGCACAACGUCACCGACCGGAUAACGUUAUUGAAAGGCGACUUGCUGGAACCGCUGCCCGAGCCGGUGGAUGUCAUCGCCGCCAACCUGCCCUACCUGCCUACGGAUCGCAUCCCGACCCUUCAGCCGGAGGUGCAGUGGGAACCGAUUGCCGCGCUAGAUGGCGGGCCCGGCGGUAUCGACCUCAUCGGGAGGCUGUUGAAACAGGCCGCUGCCGGCGACCGCAUCAAACCCCAUGGUGUCAUCCUGCUGGAGCUGGAUCCUGAGCAGAUUCCCGAGGCCCGGUUGCUGGCCACCAACGCGUUUCCGGACGCCGAAAUAACGGUGGAACUGGACCUGGCCCGCCUCGAUCGACUGUUGGUAGUCAGCCUAUCGGCGCCAGACGCAGAAUAUUAA